AAUCCUCCGUCCAGGGGAAGUAAACACAGCAGUGUUCAAAUCCAGCAGCGGAGCGGCAGAAAUACAGCAUUAUUACAGCUAAUAAACCAGCUUAUAACUUCAUAUUUACAGCGCGGAAACGCCUCUAACAGGGGUUUUACAGUAGCGGCCUCUGUGUAGAAUUAAUCAGCCUGUUUUUGAGGCUCCAGCGCUGCGUUUUAAGCUCGUUUUAGUCCGGAAAGUGAAGAGUCAGAGCGCGGCUGAGCUCUGUAUCUACAGCCGGGAGUAUGAGCUCACAGCCCGGCACGGACCUUCCCGCCCUGCCCGCCCUCCCCCAGACCGGGGACGAGGCUCUGGCCAUCGAGACAGCCGUGAGGACCGCGGUUCUCUCCAUUAUGAAGGUGUUCCUGGACCUGAGCGAUAACAGAGCUCAGCGCUAUCAGCUUAAACUGGCCGAGAUGGAGCGGGAGAACUUCCAGCUGAAGCUGAAGCUGAAGGCGGCUGAGCAUCAGCUCCACGCCGGCCAGCACAGCACCUGCUCCGUGGAGAGCUACCAAAUCUCCGCGGACCUGACCUUCACUCCGGAGACCAGCCUCAGCCUCAGCUCAGUUACGGACAAUAAAGAAGAAGAACAAACAAGAGCAGAAGAAGCAUCAGAAGCUGUGGCAUCUUCUCAGAGUGAGGAGCCUCGCCUGGAAGCUUCAGACCUCAAACUAUUCAAAGAGGAACCCAACUAUGAAGACACGUUUUGGAUCAAGAAUGAAAUGGCAGAGGAAGGCUGUGUAGAGGCUGUGGCUUUCUGUGGGUACCCUGUCCUGACUGAUGACUUUAGUGGUGACCCACAUGUACAGCAGCAGCUGCAGCAGCAGCAGCAGCAGCAGAUCAUAUCUGUGCAGAGGUGUGGAGCAUGCAGCAGCCUCAACCACACCAUCCGUGAAGAUGAUGCACCUACAGCUUCCAGUCUGCAGAGAAAGAAGUUGGCAAGCAGGGAGAGAGUGAGGCAGUACAGAGCACGGAUCCGAGCUGACCCUGAGAAGUACCAUAUGUUGAAGGAGAAGGACCGUAUAAGGUAUCUCAGCAGGAAAAAGACCAUAGCAGAUCUUCCGGAACCAAUGAAGAACCUGAAGAGGAAGGCCUGGAGAGAGGCUUCAAAACGGCACCGUGCCAGGAAGCUUUCCUUCAUACACAACACUACCAACAUAUGUGACCAACACUUUUAGCUGUUAAACACUGUAGUCUGUGCCUUUUGAGUUUAAUUUACUUUUAUAAUACUGAGUGAGAGGGGAAUCUCACUGCAUUUAUCUUUAGAUAAAAGCAUUACAUUUCUGACCUGUGCUUGAGCUUCAGUUCAUUUGGACUGAGCAAUAAACAACUGAUGAAACAUUAAUUAUACAAAAUAAAAUUGGAAAAGAUAUUUUAUUGUUUCUGCCCAAAUAUAGAUACAAUUUGGUAUUAUAUGGUUAAUUAUUUUAUUAAUAGAUAAUUAAUUUAUUUGUAAAUUCUAUAGAUUUAAUAAUAUAAUCAUUCAGAGUAGUUUGGUGUGAAAUAAUUAAUCAUAAACUUUUUGACUGAUUUCUUUACAGUGGUGGUGAAAACCAGGCUUUAAUGUGUUCCAAACUAUAUAAAUAAAGUCAUAUAAAAUAUAUUAUUUGUAAAAUUAGUAAAAUACAAAAAUCAAAGAGCCCUCUAUAUUAGACAAAAAUGAUCCAGCCUCUGUUCUUUACUAAUGUUGCAUAAUGUGCCUUAUAAUCGGAUGCGCCUUAUGUAUAAAAAAUAGACCAGAAAAUUUACUUUUAUUAAUAAUUCACCUUAUAAUCCAGUGCGUCUUAUAGUGCGAAAAAUACUGUACAUAGAAUAUCUUUUGAGCUGUAGUUUUACAGCAGUCUUUUCACCACUACUGUGAACAACAAUUCUGAAUUGAAGGGUUUUUCACUUAACUACUCUGAAUCAGUGUGUGAACAUCUCAGACAGUAAGAUGUACAAUUAAAUGUAUAGAACUGUGAGGGAAACUGAACAAAAAAGGUAGAAUUUAUUUUAAAGUUGUGAAUGCAAUUUUAAAAUGUGAUGAAAGUGUUUUCCUCAGUAUGAGUGGGGUGUUGGCAGCAACAAGUUAUUUAUUACAUUUUUUUUUUUUUUGCUUUACCCACUAACACAUUACGAUGACUUUAAAACGUUACUAAGUUUUUUAUUUAUUGAUGAUUAACAUUUUAAUGACAGAUUGUGGUAAAACAUUAACUGUAUUUUCUAGAUAAUCUGAUAAAUUAUUAUUUAUUUUAUGAAACAAACAAGAAAAAACAUGGCAAAUUAGAUAUUUUUUCAAUGACACAGCACUUAAAGUAUCAGUAGAGAUGUGGCCUUGGCAGUCAGAUUAUAUACUAUGUAGUAAAUUGUUUUUUUUUUUGAUGAGCUAUGUUAAGUAUUUGUUGCUGUUGUUUCAUUUGAACAGAUUGCUUUAACAUUUCAUCAAAUGUUCAUCACACAUGGUUUGAAUUUUCUUUUUGGAAAGGUUUUUGAGAAUAAACUGUUGAUACAUUAUUAUCACUGAA